GUGAAACAAACAUGGCGACAGACUGGAGUGGUUGGCAGGGGUAUACGCUAACUUUAAUCGUUUUACUAUGGUGUACGGCGAGCACAGAAGCCGAGACGGGGAUCCCGGAGACCGGUAGCCCCACCCAGGUCUUCGGCAUGCGGCUGGAGAGGAGCGACAAGCCGGCCACUACCACCGACGACGGGGUGAUCCAAGUAACAGAGGAGAGCAACAUCUUCAUGAGGUUCUACGGGCUGCAGAUUCUUCCUGACACCUCGUCACAGAUCAAGUUCAUGGAACAUGAACAUGUUGAUGUUACUAGCAAUAAUGCUAAUUUUAACAGGACUUGCGCCGAAUAUACCAAAGAUAUCGUUAUUCGGGGUGGCAUGAACGUGAGCCACCUCGGAACCUCCGGGGUGGUGAGUUUGAAAAUCAAGCCGCUACGGAAGCGCGAGCUCAAGAAGGAGUAUGGGCUCUGCGUCCGGGACAAUCAAGAUGGCAAGUGGUACCUGUUGGGUGAGGAUGACGGGAGGCUGCGAGUGGUUGAGGAAAAGAAAUCCAUGCUUCCUAUGUGGUUCCAGUGUAUUCUCAUCUGCACUCUGUUGGUACUGUCAGGUAUGUUCAGCGGGCUCAACCUGGGACUCAUGGCCCUGGAUCCUAUGGAGCUCCGGAUAGUCCAGAACUGCGGUACCGAAAAGGAGAAGAGGUACGCCAGCAAGAUCGAGCCCAUUCGGAGAAAAGGGAACUAUCUUUUAUGUUCCUUACUCCUGGGUAAUGUGCUAGUCAACACAACGCUCACCAUCCUCCUGGAUGACUUGAUAGGGUCAGGUCUCGGAGCAGUGGUCGCCUCCACUAUAGGUAUUGUCAUAUUCGGGGAGAUCGUUCCCCAGGCGCUGUGCUCUCGCCACGGACUGGCUGUAGGAGCCAACACCAUCAUGGUGACCAAGUUCUUCAUGUUGGUGACUUUCCCCCUGUCAUGGCCCAUCAGUAAACUCCUGGACUGCAUCUUGGGCCAGGAGAUCGGUACCGUGUACAACAGGGAGAAGCUGGUGGAGAUGCUGAGAGUAACGGAACCGUACAAUGACCUGGUCAAAGAGGAACUCAACAUGAUCCAGGGUGCGCUUGAACUCAGGACCAAAACCGUUGAAGAUGUCAUGACGCCGAUCAGUAAUUCCUUCAUGAUCCACAGCGACGCCGUGUUGGACUUUAACACCAUGUCAGAGAUCAUGGAGAGCGGUUACACGCGCAUACCGGUGUUUGAGGAUGAGAGGUCCAACAUUGUGGAUAUCUUGUUUGUCAAGGACCUGGCUUUCGUUGAUCCGGAUGACUGUACGACGCUGAAGACCAUCACCAAGUUCUACAACCACCCGGUUCACUUCGUGUUCCAUGACACCAAGCUGGAUUCCAUGUUAGAGGAGUUCAAGAAAGGUAAGUCCCACCUGGCCAUCGUUCAGAAGGUGAAUAAUGAGGGGGAGGGGGAUCCGUUCUACGAGGUGCUGGGAUUGGUUACCUUGGAAGACGUCAUCGAGGAGAUCAUCAAAUCAGAGAUCCUGGACGAGUCGGACCUUUACACUGACAACAGCAGAAACAGGAAGAAGGUGGCACCCAAUAAGAACAAACGAGAUUUCUCCGCCUUCAAACAGAGUGAGAGCGAAUCCAAAGUCAAGAUCUCCCCUCAGCUGCUAUUGGCCGCUCACCGUUUCCUGGCAACAGAGGUGACGUUAUUUAGCCCGGCCCAGAUAUCAGACAAGGUUCUGUUGAGGAUUCUGAGACACCCCGACGUCAUCCAGGACAUUAAGUUCAACGACAGUGACAAACGCUGUCCUCAACACUUUGUCUACCAGAGAGGGAAGGCUGUUGACUACUUCAUACUCAUACUGCAGGGUAGGCCAGAGCCUGCAGCUGGAGGCCAGAGCCUGCAGCUGGAGGCCAGAGCCUUCUCUCUCUUUCUGUCUCUGUCUCUGUCUGGUCUGUCGGUCUGUCUGUCUGUGUCUCUCUCUUUCUGUCUGUCUCUCUCUGUCUCUGUCUGUCUGUCUGUGUCUUUCCGCUCCCCGUCACACAUCAGUGGUUUGAACAGGACCGCGUCUCUGAGCGCUGCAGAUCGGACAGAGUCGGUGUCUGUCAGCGGCAGUAGCAGCCAGCUCAACACUCAGUUCCCCUCACCGUCAUACACACCCGACUUCUACGUACGAGCUCUCUCAGACCUGCAGUUCGUCAAGAUCACACGUGCCCAAUACCAGAACGGUCUGAUGGCGUCUCGUCUGGAUUCCUCCCCCCAGUCACCUGAUUGCGGCCACCCCCGUCUGGAGGGUACCCCGCCCCCCGUGGGCACCGCCACCCUCGGCUUCCUAGCUGACGACACCCCCACUCCGGAGAAAAGCCCCCUCCUUGCUGAUGAGACCACCUCUCUCCUCAACGAGCAGUACGGCCCUCUCCUUGCUGAUGAGACCACCUCUCUCCUCAACGAGCAGUAUGGCCCUCUCCUUGCUGAUGAGACCACCUCUCUCCUCAACGAGCAGAACUCUCUGCCUCACAACCACCACCACAACCCAUCAGAGAGCAGCAUAUGACACACACACUAGUACACACACUUAUAUAUGUGCGUUUACACACACUACCAGGGACUGAGGAGACUGUGUGUGAGCACACACACACACACACACACACACACACACACACACACACACACUGACAUUAUGCCAAACUGUCUUGAGGAACGACUCUCUUCCCCCAUUUUAAAAGUCAACCCUGAGGCUGGUAGUGUGUACAGUGUCAGCUAUUCCCCCCUGUACCCCCUCUUCUUCCAGCAUGGUCAGCCUUCCCCCCGUACCCCAUCUUCUUCCAACAUGAUCAGCUAUUCCCCCCGUACCCCCUCUUCUUCCAGCAUGGUCAGCUAUCCCCUCUGUACCCCCUCUUCUUCCAACAGGGUCAGCUAUCCCCCCUGUACCCCCUCUUCUUCCAGCAGGGUCAGCUAUCCCCCCUGUACCCCCUCUUCUUCCAGCAUGGUCAGCCUUCCCCCCGUACCCCAUCUUCUUCCAACAUGGUCAGCUAUUCCCCCCGUACCCCCUCUUCUUCCAUCAUGGUCAGCUAUCCCCCCUGUACCCCCUCUUCUUCCAGCAUGGUCAGCUAUCCCUCCUGUACCCCCUCUUCUUCCAGCAUGGUCAGCUAUCCCCUCUGUACCCCCUCUUCUUCCAGCAGGGUCAGCUAUCCCCCCUGUACCCCCUCUUCUUCCAGCAUGGUCAGCUAUCCCCUCUGUACCCCCUCUUCUUCCAGCAGGGUCAGCUAUCCCCCCCUGUACCCCCUCUUCUUCCAACAUGGUCAGCUAUCCCCCCUGUACCCCCUCUUCUUCCGACAUGGUCAGCUAUCCCCCCUGUACCCCCUCUUCUUCCAGCAGGGUCAGCUAUCCCCCCUGUACCCCCUCUUCUUCCAGCAUGGUCAGCCUUCCCCCUGUACCCCCUCUUCUUCCAACAGGGUCAGCUAUCUCCCCUGUACCCCCUCUUCUUCCAGCAGGGUCAGCUAUCCCCCCUGUACCCCCUCUUCUUCCAGCAUGGUCAGCCUUCCCCCCGUACCCCAUCUUCUUCCAGCAUGGUCAGCCUUUCCCCCGUACCCCAUCUUCUUCCAGCAGGGUCAGCUAUCCCCCCUGUACCCCCUCUUCUUCCAGCAGGGUCAGCUAUCCCCCCGGUACCCCAUCUUCUUCCAGCAUGGUCAGCCUUUCCCCCGUACCCCAUCUUCUUCCAGCAGGGUCAGCCUUCCCCCCGUACCCCCUCUUCUUCCAGCAGGGUCAGCUAACCCCCCUGUACCCCCUCUUCUAUCAUGGUCAGCUAUCCCCCCUGUACCCCCUCUUCUUCCAUCAUGGUCAGCCUUCCCCCCAUACCCCAUCUUCUUCCAGCAGGGUCAGCUAUCACCUCUGUACCCCAUCUUCUUCCAACAGGGUCAGCCUUUCCCCCGUACCCCAUCUUCUUCCAGCAGGGUCAGCCUUCCCCCCGUACCCCAUCUUCUUCCAGCAUGGUCAGCCUUUCCCCCGUACCCCAUCUUCUUCCAGCAUGGUUAGCCUUUCCCCCUGUACCCCCUCUUCUUCCAGCAGGGUCAGCUAUCCCCCCUGUACCCCCUCUUCUUCCAGCAGGGUCAGCUAACCCCCCUGUACCCCCUCUUCUUCCAGCAGGGUCAGCUAUCCCCCCUGUACCCCCUCUUCUUCCAGCAGGGUCAGCUAACCCCCCUGUACCCCCUCUUCUUCCAGCAGGGUCAGCUAUCCCCCCUGUACCCCCUCUUCUUCCAUCAUGGUCAGCCUUCCCCCCGUACCCCAUCUUCUUCCAGCAGGGUCAGCUAACCCUCCUGUACCCCCUCUUCUUCCAGCAGGGUCAGCUAUCCCCCCUGUACCCCCUCUUCUUCCAGCAGGGUCAGCUAACCCCCCUGUACCCCCUCUUCUAUCAUGGUCAGCUAUCCCCCCUGUACCCCCUCUUCUUCCAUCAUGGUCAGCCUUCCCCCCAUACCCCAUCUUCUUCCAGCAGGGUCAGCUAUCACCUCUGUACCCCCUCUUUCAUCAUGGCACAAUGUCAUUAUUGGUCUGUCUGACUGCAUUGUCUGUGUGUUUCUGCAAAGUGUGUUCUGUGUGUGUGUGUGUGUGUGUGUGUGUACUGUAACAGAGUUAGGGACAGAGAUCAAAGAAGACGACAGAGAUGUCAGAAGCUGUGCUGUUGGAGAGAAGGACUAGGACCAUGUGGAGGAAGGGGCAGGGGUAUGAGAGAGCAAAGUAGAGCGAGAUGGAGCAUAGAGAUAAUGUGACAUGGUAGUGGUGUUGGGCUCAAUAGGACUGGACUGAGGGAGGUCCCUUAUGACCAUUCGUUUUCUAGACUGACUAAACAAGGGAUUUUUUUAUAUGGAUUAACAGUUGUUUUUCUUCUCACUUUUAUAUAAAAAGUCCAUCAGUGUUUCAGAUAUAGACAGGUCGUAGCUAGUUACAGAUGCCUACAGGGAGAGGUGUGUGUGUGUGUGUGUGUGUGUGUGUGUGUGUGUGUGUGUGUGUCCUCCGCCUUGCUGUUUCCUGGUCUGCUCUGUCUCCACUGUAAAGCCACACCACUCAGGGAGACUCAAAUAAACAGAUAGAAGCACCAUCAACAACAACAGCAACACAACAACAUCUGCAUGUGUAGUAACCCCCAACCAUUAAUUAACGCCAACUAUACAGCUGAAGACAAAGACCAAUCAGAACAAAGCAUGUCAAAGAGGAAACUAAUAUAUAUUAUAAAUAUGUAAUAAUACUAUAUUGAAAAAGAAAAUGCUAUUUAUUAAUUCCAUGUAUGCUGAGAGAGGGGAAAACGUGUCUGUUGAUUUGUAUUUGUGGAUAUUCAUGUCAAUUAGUGGUCUUUAUGAGUUUCCUCAGACUUCUAUGGGGAAGGCGUAAAUAAAAGACAGCUAGUCUUUUAGCUAGGGGCUUCUCCUUUUCCCCAAAGAUGCCAAUGGAUUCAUCAGGGAUGGACCACCAGUGUGUGUUGUAAGACAAUCAAUAUGAUGAUGAUGAAUGUGGCAGAUGUGUAGGGUACGUUACUAUAAAGGGGACUGAGAGCCCUUUCCUGCUUUCAGAUGGACUGGGGACUGUGGUGAGAGGCCCUUGGUCGAAGAUUUUGGGGUGGAAAAACUUAAAGGUUUGUUUCUGUCUGUGUGACCAAGUUGCAAUCACAUUCGGGAACAGUAACCUAAUUAGAAAAAUGCCUCCUGUCCUGACAAAUAUACCUUCAUAUAUAUAUAAUUGACUAUUUAUUUUGCAUAAAAUUCAAGUUGUAUAUUUGAGAUUUUUUUUCCGUUGUAAAUUUUGUUGUCUGUGUUUUAUAAUCUAGCGUUUUCAUUGAGAAUAUUGUCAUUAUCACGAUGAGAUUCCUUUUAAAUGUAGCAGUUGAACGGGGUGGUUGACAGCCAGUCCAGUGCACAGUGAAUCCGUUUUAUGCUUUAGUCUCUAGACCCAUCUCAUCAGUCCUAAAUCAUAUAUUAUAUUUCCCAGACCUGUCCUGCACAUUUGCCCAUGUAUCGAUCUAUUGAAUAACACUGUGACAUUAUCAUUUUACCAAGUCUAUAGUAGUUGUCCAAAUUAACAGCAUUGUUUUACCAAAUAAUUAAUUCAUCUUUCCAAUUCAUCUUUUAUAUUAUAUGUUUUACACACAAAAAAAGCACAGUACCACUGCAGAUGCCACAAAAAGGACACAGUCACCAAAGGGAUAUAUUCUCUGUCUAAAGUAAUAUCUUUGUGCUGGACUGGUAUGGGCCAACCCUCACCUCCUUUAAAACAAGUGUUCACAUUGAUCAUGGAACCAGAACUGGACUGUAACUCUCCUGAAGGGGAAUGGUCAAGCACUUUUUUCUACAACUUUAUUUUUCAUUUUUAAUAUUUGGGAUGUGGUGUAGUUAUGAAUCCAAAGGAUGGGGAUGAAUUCUGUGGAGAAAAAAUAAAUAAGAAUCUCCCUUUAAAAAAAAUUAAAUAAAAAUUGUAUUGAUUCAGGGUUAGUA